CUACUGAGAGAGCAUAAGAAACUCUCUCUCCCCUUCGUCUCCAUUUCCCAACAGCAGAAAUCUCACCCACCGCCACCUCUCUCUCUCUCUCGUAGUACGGCGAAUUGCUUCUCCACCAAAUCCUCCACCACCAGAUCCCUCUUCUACUUCCCGGGCGGAGCUCGCAGAUCACAGAUCGAGCCCCGCCGUCGUGGCUUGGUGGUAGCUCUGGAGCCGUGAAAGGCACCACCAGAUCGACCUCGAAUACCCCCAGAUCGAAGCACAGCGCCUCCCGGAGGCCGUUGUCGGCGGUCGUUGGCAGCGCGCAGGGGGAAGUCGCGGCAACACGAAAGUCGUCACACCGUCAGGCGCGAGCAAGUCCGGGCCAUUGCGCGAGAGAUUCAGAGGUUGGGAGGAGCUGAUGCAAGCUGCAGGUUGUACGCUGAGGAGGGUAUCUGUGCACAUCGUCGAUACUCAAAUAUAGCCUUGCUUGAUUAUUCCACAGCUGGUUAAACAGUAAUAUACACUUGAUUCUGCUGGUUCAAACAUGGGUUCAAGGUUUCCAUCACAUCAGCUGGGCAAUGGCCUGUAUGUAUCUGGCCGGCCUGAGCAACCUAAGGAGAAGGGCCCAACCAUGGGCUCCACUGUGAUGCCGUACACUGGUGGUGACAUCAAGAAAUCUGGAGAGCUUGGGAAGAUGUUUGACCUCCAUGCUGAAAAGUCUAGAAAAUCCGGUCCUCUGGGUAAUGCGCCUUCAAGAAAUACUUCGUUUGGGGGUGCUGCUUCAAACUCUGGACCCGUCUCUAAUGCUGGUGGUCGGUCCAACUACUCUGGUUCCCUUUCAUCUUCAGUUCCUGGUGCGGGCGGAUCAGCAAGAGCCAAAUCAAACUCUGGGCCACUCAAUAAGCAUGGAGAACCAGCAAAGCGUUCAUCUGGUCCCCAGUCUGGAGGUGUGACCCCAAUGGCUCGCCAGAACUCUGGCCCUCUCCCCCCAAUGCUUCCUACAACUGGACUUAUCACAUCUGGGCCUAUUUCUUCCGGACCAAUGAAUUCGUCUGGUGCUCCAAGAAAAAAAGUAUCUGGAUCUCUCGAUGCUGCUGCAUCCAUGAAGACGAGGGCAACAUCAUUCGCUCACAACCAGGCUGUUACUAAUCUCACAAGAGAUAAUGAUUUCUCAAUUAAGGACAGCAUUUCGAAGUGCCUGUUGUAUUGUCUGGCUGGACUCAUCGGGACGGCACUGAUAGUUGGUGUCUUCAUUCUUGUUGCUGUUCACAAUGCAAUUGUGCUGAUAGUUGUUGUCGUGAUGUGUGGUUCUAUUGCUGCACUUGUUACUUGGAAUGUGUGGCAGGGAAGGAGAGGCGUGAUUGGUUUUGUCAAUCGGUACCCUGAUACCGAUCUCAGAACUGCGAAAGAUGGACAGUAUGUAAAGGUUACAGGGGUUGUUACAUGUGGAAAUUUUCCCCUGGAGUCCUCAUUUCAAAGGGUUCCAAGAUGUGUGUACACCUCGACCGGCUUGUAUGAGUACAGGGGCUGGGGCUCGAAAACUGCAAACACCAAGCAUCGCCAGUUCACCUGGGGAUUACGGACAAUGGAGCGGCAUGCAGUUGAUUUCUACAUCUCAGAUUUUCAAUCCGGGCUUCGAGCAUUGGUGAAAACAGGAUAUGGUGCACCGGUGACACCAUAUGUCGAUGAAUCUGUAGUAAUUGACAUCAACCCUGAGAAUAAGGACAUGUCUCCUGAAUUUCUAAGAUGGCUACGUGAAAGGAACCUCUCGAGUGAUGAUCGGAUAAUGCGUCUAAAAGAAGGAUACAUCAAGGAAGGCAGCACAGUGAGUGUGAUGGGGGUUGUUCAAAAGAAUGACAGCGUGUUGAUGAUAGUUCCUCCACGGGAGCCCAUCUCAUCUGGUUGCCAGUGGACGAAGUGCUUCCUCUCAUCGAACCUUGAUGGACUAGUCUUGCGAUGCGAAGAUACAUCAAAUAUGGAUGUCAUACCAGUAUAGCAAGCCUUGUUGAAUCAAGUCUUUUGACUUCGGGUUGGGUUUGUUUCGUGGAAUGUUAGAAUCGAGAAAUGUACAAAUGUUGGGUGUGAUUAUGGCUAGUAAAGAUCGAGGAUGGCUGGUUAAGCUGGGUUGGAUGUAUAGUCCUUUUUUAAUGUGUUUUGUCCUCCUUUCCUCUUCUUUCUCGGUUACAAGCUCUGGAUACUUAUGUAACGUGAUGGCUUUUGGGCUGUUUGAAGAUUUAGUGGAAUUGGGUUCAUAUGUUAUUUAGGAUGGAUUUCUUGCA